AUGCAGUUGAAGGAUUCCAGCCUCUUCGUCCAAGAUGCUUUCAUUGACGGUGAAUGGGUCAGCAAGUCCAAGAAAUUUCCGGUCUAUGAACCCUCCUCUGAGACAGUUCUUGGCGAAGUCGCCAACUGUGACCUUGAAGACUUCAAGAAAGCCAUUUCUAGCGCCGAUGUCGCGCAGCGGGAAUAUUGGCUCUCCACCACCGCUCUCCAGCGGGGUGCGGCGCUGCGAACGUGGUACAACCUGAUCAUGGCCAACCAGGACGACAUCGCCCAAAUUCUGUGUCUCGAGAACGGCAAAACCUUCGCCGAAGCCAAGGGGGAAGUCGCCUAUGCCGCCAGCUUCAUUAGCUGGUUCUCCGAAGAAGGUACCCGAGCGUAUGGCGAGACGAUUCCCUCGCAAACGCCCCAUACCACGCUCAUGACCUUCAAGGAGCCGGUAGGAGUUUGUGGAAUCAUCACGCCGUGGAACUUCCCUGCCGCCAUGAUCACCCGGAAGAUCGCGCCCGCGUUCGCGGCGGGCUGCGCCGUCGUCAUCAAGCCGCCGUCGGAGACGCCCUUCACUUGCCUGGCGCUCACGAAACUGGCCGUGGAGGCGGGGAUCCCUCCGAAAUGUCUCCAGGUCUGUCCGACGAAGGAUCGGCAGGCGGCAACGGAACUCUGCACGAACCCGAUCGUGAAGAAGAUUAGCUUUACGGGUUCGACCGGAGUGGGCAAGAUGCUCGCGAAGCUGGCUGCUGACACUUUGAAGAAGUGCAGUCUUGAGCUGGGUGGAAACGCUCCGUUCAUCGUCUUUGAUGACGCGGAUGUUGACCUUGCUGUGGAGGGUGCCAUGUUCUGCAAGUUCCGAUGCACGGGUCAGACCUGUGUCUGUGCCAAUCGUCUCAUCGUUCAGAAGGGCAUUGCCCCUGCGUUCACGGCCAAGCUUGUUGAAAAGGUGGCCGCACUGAAGUUGGGCCCGGGUAUGGAUCCGUCCACCACACAAGGCCCCCUUGUCAACCGCGGCGGGGUCGACAAAGUCAAGGAGCACAUUAAAGAUGCAGUUUCCAAAGGCGCUAAGCUCGAGUUUGGCGGAGCCGCUCCCGACCACCCCGGGUUCUUCCAUGAACCCACUGUGCUGUCUGGCGUCACCCGCGAGAUGCUAGUCGCCUACGAUGAAACCUUCGGACCUCUUGCUCCGAUCUUCACAUUCGACAACGAGGACGAUGCCGUGAAGCUGGCCAACGACACUGAGUUUGGCCUCGCGGGAUACUUUUUCUCGAAAGACGUCGGCCGCGUGAUGAGGGUUGCGAGGAGGCUAGAGUGCGGCAUGAUCGGGGUCAACACCGGCAAGAUCAGCGCCGCAGAGGCUCCCUUCGGUGGAAUCAAGGAGAGCGGUUAUGGUAGGGAGGGGUCGCACUAUGGUCUGGCGGAAUACCAGAACAUCAAGAGUGUGACGAUUGGGAAUACGAACGUAUGACCUCGUUUUCUCUCCCUUCAGACAUGCGUUCCUGGCGUGAGGUCUUGACUUAAGGAUACAUAGAUCAGAUACCAAUCGACUAGCAAAUUGUAAUCGGCGUAACUCAUUCUCGUGGACGACUGGACAGGGUGCGCAAUGAAAGUGAAAGAUAAUGGACCAAAUUGACACAAGGCUGAAAGAGCAACGAAGGAGCAUGGACACAUCAUUUCUCUAGUCUAUUUCCAAGCGGCAAAAACCUACCGAUGUUGAAUUUGCAAAUCAAAGACUGCAAUGCCGUGUUGACUAUGCUGCCACUUACCGCACUUUGCUGGGAGGG